UUGUGUCCGGACCGCUGCCGAGCGGGAUCUGGGGAAUGAGGCUCCCCAGCUCCAGCGCUCCCAGCCGGGAUGGUUACACACCCUUGAGCGGAGAUGAGGCCGCAUAGCCUCGGAGUAGGGGCAGACAGGGCCUCGUUCGCUUUGCGGACAGCCCCGGGGCCCGGGCAGGCCCCAGGGAGCGCGCAGCCCCGAGCAGGGCGGAGGGAGGCGCGAGGGAGGGAGCGAGGGAAGGGAAAGGCGAGCGCGAGCUGCCUCGAAUGCUUGGAAUAAUUCCGCUUCCGUUUGGAAAGCCGCAGCCUCAGUCCCGCUGCCGCGUCAGCCCAGCUGCAGCUCCGCGUCCAGCUCGGCCCGCGGCCUCCCGCUCCGACACCAUGGCCACCUCCCCGCAGAAGUCGCCUUCGGUCCCCAAGUCCUCCACCCCCAAGUCGCCCCCGUCCCGAAAGAAAGACGACUCUUUCUUGGGGAAACUCGGGGGGACCCUGGCCCGGAGGAAGAAAGCCAAGGAAGUCUCAGAGCUUCAGGAGGAGGGCAUGAACGCCAUCAACCUGCCCCUCAGCCCCAUCCCCUUCGAGCUGGACCCAGAGGACACCAUGCUGGAGGAGAAUGAAGUGCGGACGAUGGUGGAUCCAAACUCACGCAGUGACCCCAAACUCCAAGAACUGAUGAAGGUAUUAAUUGACUGGAUCAAUGACGUGCUGGUUGGAGAGAGAAUCAUUGUGAAAGACCUGGCUGAAGAUUUGUACGAUGGACAAGUCCUGCAGAAGCUCUUCGAGAAACUUGAAAGUGAGAAGCUAAAUGUCGCUGAGGUCACCCAGUCAGAGAUUGCUCAGAAGCAAAAACUGCAGACUGUCCUGGAGAAAAUCAAUGAAACCCUGAAACUUCCUCCCAGGAGCAUCAAGUGGAAUGUGGACUCUGUUCAUGCCAAAAGCCUGGUGGCCAUCUUGCAUCUGCUGGUUGCUCUGUCUCAGUAUUUCCGGGCACCAGUCCGACUCCCAGACCAUGUUUCCAUCCAAGUGGUUGUGGUCCAGAAACGAGAAGGAAUCCUCCAGUCUCGGCAAAUCCAAGAGGAAAUAACUGGUAACACAGAGGCUCUUUCCGGAAGGCACGAACGCGAUGCCUUUGACACCUUGUUUGAUCACGCACCAGACAAACUCAACGUAGUAAAAAAGACGCUCAUCACAUUUGUGAACAAGCACCUGAACAAGCUAAACCUGGAGGUCACGGAACUGGAAACCCAGUUUGCAGAUGGCGUGUACCUGGUGCUGCUCAUGGGUCUCCUGGAGGGCUACUUCGUGCCCCUGCACAGCUUCUUCCUGACUCCAGACAGCUUUGAACAGAAGGUUUUGAACGUGUCCUUUGCCUUUGAGCUCAUGCAGGAUGGAGGGUUGGAAAAGCCAAAACCACGGCCAGAAGACAUUGUCAACUGUGACCUGAAGUCCACACUGCGAGUGCUGUACAACCUCUUCACCAAGUACCGGAAUGUGGAAUGAGGGCCCGGGUUGCCACGGCCCAGUGCCUCUCACUGCAGGCAGACUGGACCAGCCCCCAAGUCGCCUUUCCCUGCCUUUUCCUGUCCCCUGCUCUGUGCUCUCCCACAAGCCCCUUGUUGGCAACCCAGGGAUAGCGGAAAGUGGAAUUGAAAUCUGGAAGGAAGUGACCAAUAAGCCUGUGGGCUGACCCUACCUCCCAGGCCCCCGGAACUGACCCCACUGUGACCCAAGAAAGCCGUCCCUAUCCAGGUGCCAGGCACACACGUCCCUCCCUGUGGUUUGGGAAUAAGCUCAGGCACGAGUCCCGGGAAGAUGAAAAUAAAGACCAUAGUUACCAUUAACGGGCAUAAACUAUGCCAGGCACCACACUUAAGUGCCCUGCUGGAUUCAGAUUCAUUAACCCUCACGACUCCACAGAACUUGAUGUUAUAAUCCUCUUUGGCAGAUGAGGAAACUGAGGUUCACAGGUUGAGAGCCUUGGCAGGAGGGGUUGGCAUUUGUUAGGAACCGGUCAGUUACGGCACACACCCCUGAUCUCACCGUGAGGGCAGGUCAGGGCUGGCUGAUUCACACUGAAACUGGCAAAUUGAAUUUAACCCAAUUAAUAGUGUGUGUGUGGCACCAGUCAUGUCCCUCAAAUCCUUUGUACAAAUGAAAAUUACUCUUAAUUCCUUCAGAUUUAUAAUAACCCCAUACUCUGGUUUCAUGGUGACAUUUGGGAAGGAUUCUGUUUAGAAUUAAUGGAGUGGCACAUUUUGCAGCCUUUUUGCUUGAUUGCAUGUAAUGGAAAUGCCCUAUAUUUCCCUGCAAAAUAAGUACUCAAUUCAUUAUCGUUAGGCAAAUGUACAAUAUACUUAGGCAUCACAGAGAGCUGGGCACAGGCCCAUAUGAGCAUCGCUUGGGAAGUAGGGCUCUUCAGCGGAGACCCUUGAACUUUGAAGAAAGGAACUCCUCUCUGCCUUCUAAUUGAUCAUUUAGACCAGCCUAGCUAAGUCUGCCCACAUGCAAUUACCAGCUAAUUCAGGAGAGGAAAAAUGUAAGUCAUUUAGACCAAAGCAGAGCAGUUCCCUUGCGUGGGUGACUGACGGGCUUGUGGUUACUUGUAUCUCCUGUAUGUGAACCUGUCAUUGAAUUACAGAGCUCUCCUUGUGCCAGCCUGCCUCUGGGUCCAGUAGGGAAAGGAAAGGGGGAUUAGGGAGGUAGGGAGCCAGAGCCCAGGGGAACAAGAAGCAGGGGGGAAAUAUUUGCACACUUAACAUAUAGGGGAAUAGCCUCAGAGACAAGAAAGCGUGGCUUAUGGUACUUAACACUUUUGCCCUAAAAUUGACCAAGGCCUUGGGAUAAUCAUCGUUUGCGCCGAUAGUAUAUCUUCAUUAGAGAAUUUUCAGGAAUCCACCAGUUAAGUACAGCCAGUGUAGCCUCCUCCAGAAUUGUGUGACUACCUUGUCACUAGCCCAUUUCUGGUCUGAGGAAUUUCUACACCAUCAUGAGUCAGGCCUCCAGUUGUCCAAAACAUUCCUUUAGCUUUCUCAUCGCUUACUAUAUCGUCUCUCUGCAGUAACUCAGAACCAGAGAUUUCAAUACACUUCAUAUUUCUUUGGAUAGUUUGCUCUAAGAAAGAACUGUUACUCAGCAUACUAAACAUUUAGGAUGUAAAGGGAAUGCACCGUCUUGUGUCAAUUUACGUAUAAGAAUGUAAUUCUUUUCUACCCAGUGAAACAUGUUUAUCUUUGGGAAAUACUAAAUAUUAGUAUAAUGUUUCUUGUUGCUUUUUAAAAUGUCUUGUAG